GCGUUGCCGUCGCCGCCGUCGGAGACACGGGCCGCUCGUCGGCGAUAGCUGAAGAGUAGCGGGACGACGCGUGAGAACGCACCGGCCGGGGAAUCGGCCAUCGCAGCGGGCGGAGACCUGCAGAGGUGAAGGACAGCGCGUGAGACAUUGCGCCCCGCCAUGAAGACCUGCAUCGCCCUGAGCGUCACCUGCCUGGCGCUGGUGCUGCCAUCUACUGAAGCCGGCUUCUUCUUCGGCUCGACCGUGUGCUCACAGUGCAAGUGCACCGAAGCCGACCCGUACAUCAUCGACUGCACGGACCUGGACCUGGGGGAAACGUUCGGCACCAGCGACACCUGGCCUGCCAACAAGAGCGGAAUUCAGCUGCAGUACGACCAGAACUCGCUGACCCAGGUGGUGGCGCUGCCGGCGCUCGAUGUCGUGGACCUCUCGUUCCAGCACAAUGACGUCACUAAAAUCGCCGAUGACGCGUUCCAAGCGCUGUCCCGUCUGCGCCGGCUGGACCUGAGUCAUAACAAGUUGAGCCGUGACUCGCUGCAGGAGCACACGUUCCGCGGCCAGUACAGCGCCAACAGCUAUCAGCCGUCGCCUCUGGAAGUCCUCGUUCUCAGCUACAAUGGCAUCCACUCGAUCUACGAGGACGCUUUCUCACACCUGUCGAAGCUGCGAGAGCUCGACCUGUCGUACAACCCGCUCUCCGUUCUCGACCACCACACGGUGCUGGCGGUGACGGAGCUGGCACGGCUGCGCGUGCUGCGACUGGCCGGUACGGGGCUGCGCCAGCUGCCCACCGGCUUCCUGCACGCCCUCAUCACGCUCCGUGAGCUGGACCUGGGCGAUAACCAGCUGGCUGUGGUGCCGCCGGACCUGUACAACAGUCACGCCAUCACAUCUCUGCGACUGAACGGCAAUCCGAUCAAGGCGGUCGACGAGAACUCCUUCAACGGCAUGACCAAGCUGGAGAUACUGAACCUCUCCUCCAUGCCGAAACUAGAGUACAUCGGAGCGGGGUCCUUCUCCACGCUGGUGGGGCUGCGUGUGCUGCGCUGCCGCGAUAACCCCCGCCUCUGGAGCCUCAGCCCGCAGGUGUUCCGCGGCAUGGACACGUCUCGCGGCAUCUUCCCCCUGAAGGAGUUGCUCUUGAGCGGCAACAACCUGACCACGCUGGACGAGCGCACGGUGCCCUUCUGGGACCAGCUGGUGAUGCUGCGGCUGGAGGACAACCCGUGGCACUGCGACUGCCUCAUCAAGUGGAUGACCACCAACCUCAUGCAGCACUUGGAGACCGUCGACGAGCAUGCGGCCAGCCGAGUCACGUGCCAGUCGCCGCCGGACCUGGCCGGAGAGGCGCUGGAGCGCCUGGCAGACACGCCGGACGUGUUCAUCUGCCCGCCGGAGGCGCCGUUGCUGAACCGACGCGGCGGCUCUAACUCCACCUUGGCCGCGGCCCUCUCCGUCGGCGCGCUGGUCAUUUUCAUCGCCGCUGGCGUGGUCGGCUUCCUCUUCUGGCGGCGCGACAAGAUCCGCCGCGCUUACAGCAACAAGCUGUAUAUGACGUCACAGCUGGGGGCGGUGGUGGUGCUCAUUGUCUGCGUCUUCUUCUUCUGGUUCAUCGUGGGUGCGGACCGCACGGGCGUGAUAUCGCCCUCCGACCCCAUCCUGCUGCGGCUGGUCGGCAGCUUCUUCCUCUUCCUGCUUAUUUCCGCCGGCGCCGCCCUCUACGCCAUCCGGCGUCAGACUGAGUCGGCCAAAUACAGGGCGAGACAGCAAAUCCGCUACCGGCGCGCCGUCAUGGAGGAGGAGGUGGACGUCGACGACAGGCCCACCGUUGACGCGUAGGGGCGCCCGACAGCACGCGACUCGUCUUCACGGUCGGCGCCGCCUGGUGUCAAGACUGAUCACUACGUGGUGUGACGUCCCCAAUAGAUGACGUGACGUCACCCAGCGGGCAUGUGACGUCACUGGAUGCACCGGUUGGUCUCGCAAGGCACAAUCCAGUGGUUGAGCAGCUCAGAUUCCCGUCAAAAACAGACACGACGUAUGUUGUUGACUCCGAGCUAGCUCACGCGAGGCAGCCUGUGCAGUAGACUUGUCGACAAGACAUCGACGAACGGGGUGUUUCAAGCGCCUGACUAAGCGUUUGAAAAUAUGUUAUGAUUGUUCUAGUCUGCCGGUCUGCUGAGCUGAUGUCCAAACUUCAGCCAGGUCGACUUCAUAAUUAAACCACGCACACGCGUGCGUAAUCAACACACGCAAACGGUGUCCGCUCGCCUGGGGCCUGUGCCAAAUAGAACCAUCACCAGAUGCGUUUACGAGUUAUUUGCAAGUGUUUCAGUUUACUGGUCCACAGGAGCGAUGUACCAACUAUACGUGGGUCGAGCUGAUGAUCGACAAAUCACGCAUGUGAUGAGUUUUGCAGACGACCCGAGACAAAUUAAUCCACACCCGACACAGGGACGUAGUUUCGCGAAGCACGCUGACGGGGGUGAAUUGUGAAAAUGUGUCAACACCUCAAAAAUACCCUAAAACGAAAUUCUCACCAGAUUUUGCACACUUCCUUUUCAAAGUUGGGAGAAGCCCUCUGAAAUGAGUACGAAACUACACCGCUGCCCUUUUCCGGUCCUGGCCACACUACAAGUAAGCACUUGAUUGGAACAGCUGGCUGACCGGGAUUUGUUUCCCUCAUCGCAUGCCAUCCACAGCAGCCGAUCCACGCGCAUGCGAUCAUCGCCCUCCAAUGCGGCGCGGUUUUCCGAGAAGCCUCGCCGAGCGGAGACGAAGCAGCGACUGCUGUGGACUCGUUGAGAAUCCGAGUGCAUUGUCGCCGUCAGCGCAGUUUGUCGCAAGGACUGGUUGUCAUCAGCUUCACCUGGAUCGUUCGCUGUGAGACACCAAGUGCACCAAGCGACGCGCGAGCGGUCAGUGGCGCUGUCCCGCUGUCAUCCGCGGUAUGCAACGCCGCGCCUUCCGGUAACGCUGGCGUUCGUCGACGUGCCGCUUUUGCGCACGCGCGCCAGCACCGAGCACCGGCGUCCACGGCAGCAGCUCGAAUGAUUC